AACCCAACAGUCAUUUUCGCUCGAGCAAACUUAGCCACCUGGCCUCGUUGCGACCCUAGUGCACCGCAUGCCACUCGAAAUUUAGUUAAACCCGCGCCAUACUACUUACCCUCGCCAAGCUUUCAAAAUUUCACCAGUCACCCAUGGCGGCCACUUUUCGCCUUUUGCUGUACUUAUAGAAGCAUUCAUUUUUCUUCCCUCACAGUCAUUUACCCAUUUCUCAUGAAGGUUGGCACGUUCUUCCUCUCGUCUCUCCCAAUCCUCUUUGUUCUUUUCUCCGAAACGUUCGGCUAUACAUGGCCAUCAUGGACCGACGAACUUGAAGACAUCAUGUAUCUUCAAGGUGGUUUUUUCCAUCGCGGCUUUCACGAUGGCGUAUCACCAUGCACAUUCUCUACCUCACGUUCACCCUUUCGCAAUGGUGCAGCUGAAUGGAUCCGAACAGCUUACCACGACGCUAUCACCCAUGACAAGUCUUCUGGCCAAGGUGGGCUUGACGCGUCCCUCAGGUUCGAAAUGGAUCGAAAGGAGAACACUGGGACUCAAGGCCUGAACGAUACCUUUGGUUUCUUCUCUUCAUAUCAAUCGAUUCGAGCUAGCAUGGCAGAUUUGUUGGCAUUGGGUGUGUAUACAUCGGUAAGGGAAUGUGGUGGACCGGUGGUGCAAUUUAGGGCAGGGAGGAUUGAUGCCACAAGCCCCAACGAACAGGGUGUUCCUGAGCCAACGACUGAUUUGGAUACUACGAAACAACAGUUUGCUAAAGCUGGCUUCAGCGAAGCUGAUAUGAUUGCUAUGGUGGCCUGUGGUCAUUCACUCGGAGGAGUGCAUGGAAAUGAUUUCCCCGAAAUCACUGGCAACAACAGCGAGCAAUCCUUCCCCAAGUUUGACAGUACUAACGGACAAUUCGAUAACGCUGUCGUCACGGAGUACCUUGCUAGCAACACGACUAACGUGCUCGUCAUUGGUCCUCAUGAUAGCAACUCGGAUAUGAGAAUAUUCACCUCCGAUCAUAAUGCCACCAUGCGCACACUGACGAAUCCAAACACGUUCAGAACUACCUGUGCUUCCAUUCUCCAGAGGAUGGUCGACACGGUACCUUCAACGGUCACUCUCACCGACCCUAUCUUACCUGUUGACAUCAAGCCCGCCUCUAUCAAGCUCUCACUAACCAACGCGACUCACCUCAGGUUUGAGGGCUACAUUCGUAUCCGCAUGACCGAGAGACAAAAACAGGGACCGAUACCCGAGCAACUCGAGUUACCCUACAAGGACAGGAACGGAAACCAAUGUCCUGCGUGUGUUAUUACCGCUAAGCCAUCGACAUUCCAGGGUGGGUCAGGAUUGGGUUUCGAUGAUUGGUUCCAGUUCUACGAAUUCGGAGUCGACAUACCUUCUCAAAUUGCCAUCUCGUCUUUCAAUGUCGAGUUCAACGAUGAGUCUCAUGAUAACGGAGGCAAUGGUUUCCCUAUCCAUCACGAAAUCCUUGAUCAGCCUUCCCAAUCUUGCUUGCUCAAUUUGACCGACAUGACCAUUGUUGCUGCUGUCCGCAAUGAUCGAGUCAAUCUCCCUACGUAUGCCGAUCUAGAGGUGAAGGAAUUCACCCAAGGCGUUGUCGGAGCUGUUAGUAUCACCAGCAGGAAGGUUGAAAUGCAGAGCACUGGGAAGGUGUUGGGAGAUUACACUUUUUUCAGCGGCCGUACGACCGUUGAUGCGAGGACAGGAUGGUUUACGCAUUAUGACCUUGUCAAUGGGGAGGUGAAAGUCGAGUUUCGGUCUUCGGCGUUGUUCCAGGGAGGAACUUCUUGCCCUCAGAUCCCUUGAAUUUUGGCGUAGUCCUUUCAUUCACGAACAAGUCACGGACAGGACUCUACUACAUCUCCUUUUCUUCCCCACGCUUGCUAGCAUAACUAUUAUAUGGACCAUGUUCACUACUUAGCCAAAAAAGCUGUCAAUCGUUUCGCCGCCGCGCUACAGCUACAUUAGAGAAUAUGAUGUCGAGGGAGCAGUUCAUUGCCCCACCAUGGUCACGGCAAGAGAGGGAGUCACUAGAGAGGAUGACUUACAGGAAGCCCUGGGUGUUCCUGCGGUAGGUUUGUACGGUAUCACAUUCGGAAGUCUCAGAGUCUAUUGGACAUGUUACAACUUAUUACACAGAAAGGUAUUCCUACUCGCCUUGCUCACCUUUCAAUAAAAAAUAUUGCAUCCAAGU